CGGCUCGGAGGUAGCGGCGGGGCGGCGGCGGGAGGAAGGGCAGGGGUCCGUGCCGGACGGGUGCCCGCAGCCCGGCUGCGCAGGCCUGGCCCGCCGCCCUCGGUGACGGCAGCCUGGGGUCAUCUUGGGUCCGUGUGGCUGCGCCUGGCGUCAUCCCCGCUCCAAGGGAUAUGUUCAGUGCCGUCCGGCUCUCUUUUGCGGGAACCGAUUCUAAUUCUGGAGAAACGUUGCUGAUUAUUUUCCUCCCACAGAAAUCAGUGAAUGAUUCAAUCUUUUUCUGUCACGAAAUCUGCUAAGAAGUCUCUAAUCACUGAAUUCUCCGCUCUGCUAGCUAAAACUCUUAUUCCAAGCAAUGAUUUCCAAAACUUUCGGAGACAAUCACUUGAAUUCGAAAUUCGAAUUCGUUUCCCAUGAACUUUGUUACUGGCACCAAUUUUCUAUUUUAUAUCAUAGCAGUGACCAUCUACGAAGAUCAGGUACUGUCUUUAUUCUGUGUCUAGAGCAACAGACACAUCUUUGAAUGUUACUUUGCAGCACCUAUUGAAGAUUGUGUCAAAAUGGAUCGUGAGUAUAUGACGAAGAUCAACCAUUACUGUCAAACGCAUAAACUUUCAGUGCUCUAUGACACCAUCAAUGUGACCGGCCCAUCUCAUGAUCCUGAGUUCACAGUUGUUGUCAAAAUAAAUGGUAAGGAAUAUGGUAGAGGCACUGGUAAAAGUAAAAAAGAAGCAAAAGCAGUAGCAGCAAAAGAAGCAUGGGAAAUGAUUAAGAAGGAGCAUAAGAGUCCCUCAAAUGUGGAAGCUGCAGAGUUAACGACAACUCAAACAACCUCCUCACCUGCACUGAACAAAGAUUAUGUCAGCCUAUUAAAUAUUUUUUCCCAAAAGACACGUCACAUAGUUCAUUAUCCUAACACUCGUACUGGAGAUGCCCAUGCUCCCACGUAUUUUGUUAGCUGUACAAUUAGUGGUCGUUUGUAUGGAAGGGGCACUGGACCUUCUCUAGGUGCUGCAAAACAAGCUGCUGCAAAGGAAGCAUAUGAGAAGAUGGAAACUGAAAGAUCUAAUGGCAGUUCUACAUUUAGCAAAGACAGCAAUUCCUCUCAAGUGCCAGCUGAGUCUGACUCAGAUAAAAAUAGCAUUGGCUUUGCUGACUCAUCUGCAAAGUUGGUAGAAAAAAUGAAUGACAUGGCAAUAUGUGAAAAGCCUUCACCUUUUCAGAAAAAUGCACAAAGUUCGAAGGCCAAAAGAAACAAGGAAGAGGGAGCAAAUAUGUCACAUUCAAAUAAAAGUGUGCCAGCUGUGGACACAAAUACUGGAGAAGAGAAGGGGAGUCCGCACACUGUCAAUAAAACAUUCCUCGAACAUUUUGAAAAAGUAGAGCCUAUUGGUGCAGGUGGUUUUGGGAAUGUUUUCAAGGCAACAUCCAAGUGUGAUAAGAAAACCUAUGCAAUCAAACGAGUUGAAUUCACAGAGAAAGUAGAGCGUGAAGCACAAGGGCUUGCGAGACUUACACAUGAGAACAUAGUGCGCUAUCAUUUCAGCUGGAAAGGGGAUGACUAUAUCAAGUACCCAGACUCAAGCUGGAAUUCAAACCAGAAAAUUCUCUGUCUUUUCAUCCAAAUGGAAUUCUGUGAACAAGGGACAUUGGAAAACUGGGUUGCAAAAACUAGCAAAGACCAAAAGUAUCAUGAAAUGGCACAAAACAAAUUUUUACAAAUAGUGAAAGGAGUGGAAUAUAUUCAUUCUAAAGAGUUAAUUCAUCGAGACCUCAAGCCUCAGAAUAUAUUCAUAUCACAUGAUAAUAAAAUAAAAAUAGGUGACUUCGGUCUUGUGACUUCUGUGGCAUUUGAUACUCUGACUGAGAACAGAGGAACAAAAUCGUAUAUGGCACCAGAACAGACUGGGGCCAGAUAUGGAAAGGAAGUAGAUAUUUAUGCAUUGGGAUUAAUCUGGUUCGAAAUUCUUUCGGCAUUCACUUGUCAUGAAAAAACUAAGGUAUGGCCUUCUGUUAGAGAAGGUGUGCUUCCAGUGCACUUCAACUUACAAUUUCCAACAGAGGUAUGGGAUUUUAAUAUAUUUUUUGAGUACUGUAUUAAUCAAAAAAUAAACAAAACAAAAACCCAAAAACCCAAACUAUUGACUUUUUUUUUUUUUUUGCAGGCAUCCAUAAUCAGAAAGAUGCUUUCAACAGACCCUUCAGGAAGAAUCACUGUAUCUCAUUUACUUGACCUUGUUAAGUCUGUUGAUAAAGAGAAGGCACUUAGAAAUUAUUCUUAUUGA